AUGGCCGUGCCCCUCUUCUUCGAGUUCGCUGUUCGGGAGUGGAUUGCGGCAUCCUUCCAAUCGCAAGACUCAGACUCCUUGAUUCAGGGCUUUCGGCAGAUGCUGAAGGGGAUCUCUGACGGAGAACUGCUUCUCGAUGGCAGCUUUCAGAUCUGCGGCAGUGCACCAUGCCUUCAACGGCUCUUGUCAAGCAGAGAGGACUUUGCCGGACGCAGCUUUCGGGAGCUCAUCGUCGAUGACGAGGCGAAGGAACUGUUCGAUCACUUCCUGGCGCCGGCCGCGAGCGACGGCGAGGACCCAGAGACAACUGUCCAGCUGGAAUCCACCGCUGCCCCGCGUUGCCUGCGCGUGCCCCUCCGGGAUUGCGCGGGCCGGGCGAUUUCGGUGGACGUUUUUCACGUCUCGCUGCAGCCCUGUCUCUAUGGCGAGAGCACGACCUGCCACCUGCUUGCCCUGAAGGAGGAUGUGCGUUCCGUGGAGCCGCCGGAAGUGGAUCCGGCGCAGAAUGCGCUUCCCAGCAGCCUCCUGGCUUCCAGGCGCGCACCGACGGCGCACUCCGCUGCCAGCAGCGAAUCCUGCGUGGAAUGCCAUGACGAGCUGGCGGAGAUGACCCUGCUUGUGAAUGCGAGCACGGAGCUCCUGGACAUCGAGGAGGUCCACCUGAGAUAUGUGCGCAGGACCGACGACUCCAAGGUGCAGAUGGGUAUGCCCACCCUGAAGCGCUUUGCCCGGCCGCUGGACUGGGCCGGCAUCGAUGCUGUCCUGCGCCGGUACGCACGAAAGGUGCGCAAAGCCCGUGCCCGGGGCGAGGAGGAGGUAGAGCCGGCGAAGCAGGUGCUGCCGUCGAUGACGCUGCGCAUACCCGGCGAGUCGAGGAAGCACCUCUGCUCCAGGUGUGUGGAAAUCUCUCCGCUUCCACGCCAGCACGCCGGCGAGGAUGUCUUCCUUUACAUCAACCUGUUCGGCUUCGAGGGCCCGACUCCCCCACCCCGGCGGCUCCCGAGCCUUUCAUCCCUUGACGAAGACGCGUCACUGUGCACGCCCGCUCCGGUGACCCUGGGUCAGGAGCUGCACGCAGACGAACAAAAAAGGCACAAGCGGAGGCUGCGGACUGAAAGAUGCAAGGCUAGCUCGUAA